UAUACUUGGACAGAGGGGUGGUGGUGGACGUGGUAUACUUGGACAGAGGAGUGGCGGUGGACGUGGUAUACUUGGACAGAGGAGUGGCUGUGGACGUGGUAUACUUGGACAGAGGGGUGGCGGUGGAUGUGGUAUACUUGGACAGAGGGGUGGCUGUGGACGUGGUAUACUUGGACAGAGGAGUGGCGGUGGAUGUGGUAUAUACUUGGACAGAGGGGGGGGGGUGGCGGUGGAUGUGGUAUACUUGGACAGAGGGGUGGCUGUGGACGUGGUAUAAUUGGACAGAGGGUGGUGGUGGACGUGGUAUACUUGGACAGAGGGGGUGGCGGUGGACGUGGUAUACCUGGACAGAGGGGGUGGCGUGGCGGUGGAUGUGGUAUACUUGGACAGAGGGGUGGUGGUGGAUGUGACGUGGUAUACUUGGACAGAGGGGUGGCGGUGGACGUGGUAUACUUGGACAGAGGGGUGGCGGUGGAUGUGGUAUACUUGGACAUAGGGGUGGCGGUGGACGUGGUAUACUUGGACAGAGGGGUGGUGGCGGUGGACGUGGUAUACUUGGACAGAGGGGUGGCGGUGGACGUGGUAUACUUGGACAGAGGAGUGGCGGUGGAUGUGGUAUACUUGGACAGAGGGGGGCUGGCGGUGGACGUGGUAUACUUGGACAGAGGAGUGGCGGUGGAUGUGGUAUACUUGGACAGAGGGGUGGCGGUGGAUGUGGUAUACUUGGACAGGGGUGUGGGGUGGCGGGUAUACUUGGACAGUGAAAAGGCUAAAAUAUGGUAUUCAGAGAGUAGUGGUUAAUGAUUCAUACUCUGAAUGGUCUGGGGGUGUCAGUGG